AUGACUGCAAUCGACUUCAAGCAGGCCGAUGCCAAAGACGAGACGGUAACUCAGUACUUUGAGAACGCCGAUGAUUCCCGCGGAGAAGUCCUAGAGACGAGAUAUGCGGGACUCGGAAGAUGGCUCACAGUCAAGACGUUCUGGAAGGCGAUGCUCUUCUGCCUGGUUCUCAAUUGGGCAGCCCUCAACGACGGAUUCCAACAACAAGUCCCCGGCAAUGUCAUCCCCAUGCAAGCUUUCAUCAACCAAAUGUAUGACACAAGAAUUGAUGGCAAACCUGCAGUCAGUGCCAAAGUUGUCUCAUACUGGCAAGGAUUCGCAGAGAUGUCCAAAACAGUUGGAAUGUUCGCUGGAGGAUGGUUUGCUGAUCGCUUCGGCCGCAAGAAAGCCAUGAUUGGCGCCAUCGUCAUUCUCCUCGGUGGAUCCAUCGCUGAAAUCACUGCCUUCAGCUGGCAAAGCUGGUUGGGUGCUGCAGUCUUGGUUCGUCUCGGUGUCGGCCUUGCUCAGUCUAUCCUCAUCACAUACAUCUCCGAGAUUGCGCCCUUCCAAAUUCGUGGUUUCAUGAUUGGUGCCUACCAGCUUUGUCUCGGCUUCGGCCAACUCAUCGCUGCUGUCGCUACCCAGCUGGUCGACACUCAUCAGCCCAACAAAUGGAAACCUCUGAUUGCGACAGAGUUCGCCUUCACUGCUAUUCUCAUCAUCUUCAUCUGGUUCGUACCAGAAUCUCACAUUUACCAUUCUCGCAAAGGUCAACACGAACAAGCAAAACGCUCAAUGCUCAAGUUAUACGGCAAUAUCGCUGGGUAUGAUGUGGAACACGAAUAUCGCGUUAUCCAACACGGCAUCGACGCCGAACUGGAAUUGGCCUCUGCAUCUCGCAGCUCAUCCUUCUUCGAAAUCUUCAACAAGCAGAACUGGCGCAGAACGCUAGCUGGAUGUCUUGGUAUCUGCAGUCAAUGGGCUGCUGGUGCACCAAUCGUUUUUUCCUACUCAACCUACUUCUUCAAAGUCGCAGGACUCGCAGAUCCAUUCCUGGUCACAAUCAUCACCGGAUGCUUCAUGAUGUGCAUUUUCAACAUCUGUCUCGCUUCCACCUCCUUCUUCAAGACAGCUGGCGCGCCAAAGGCAGCUCUUGGGUUCUUGUUGCUCUGGGUCAUCUGCUACGGCGCUUCUGCAGGUCCCAUCGGUUUUGUCGCUGCCGGAGAAACCUCAACCCCUCGUCUAGGAGCACAGACAACCUCAUUCAACCUCGGAUGCUACGGCCUCGGAUUCGUUGUUUUCCAAUGGACCGUUUCGUACAUGAUCAGUCCCGAUGCUGCCAAUCUUGGUAUCAAGGCUGUCUAUGUCUGGGCUGGUCUGCUCGUUCCCUUUACCAUCCUCCUCUGGCUUUACUACCCUGAGACUUACGGCCGCACCUACUGGGAGCUUGACGAGCUUUACGAGCGGAAGAUCCCUGCUUGGAAGUUCAAGAACACUCCCACCCUGUCUGAUCAGAGUGGCCACAAGAAUGCUGCUCUCAUGUCCGAGCGUGCCAAGCAGGAAGCGAAGACUGUCAUCUAA